CCAAGUCCUUGGCCCUUGGCACUUGAUGAGAUCAGACGCUUCAAACAAGCUAUGGACGGCCGCCGCAACCUGCGCUGGAUCCUCGUCCUCAUCCUCCUAUGCCCUCCGGUGAUCUUCGUCAUCGUACAAAUGUCCGGCGAAACCACACUGAUCAUGCUCGGGUACUGCAUCAUCUCGCUCAUGUCCUACCUGCUGGUGGCGUUUAAGAUGACCGUCAUUCGAGUCACCUUCGACAAGUCGCAAACCCUCAUCGAUUACUUCAACGCCCAUGUCUUCCACCGGGAUGACCCCGUUUCGUAUCGGCUCCGUCGCAGGACCUACUUCAUCACGUGGAAGAUUUUCUUCUCCGUCGCCGGCUUCAACGUGUUUUACGUGGUGGCCUUCAUGGCUCUGACCAGCCCGACCAGUUCCUAUGUGGGCUUUGGGGCGUCGGAGGUCAGCUGGUAUCACAUGAUGCUGGUGCAGGCAAAUGCACUUCUCUCGCUGUUGCAUCACGGAGUUUACGCAACUUCGAUCCUGGUGGUGUCGUUUUUGAUGCAUUGGUUCCAAACAGAGCUGGAAAUUCUGGCGAAAGCGUUUGCAAAGAUAUUUCAUGACAAGCCCCCGAUUGCAUUGAGGAGGAGCGAAAGACGUCCGCAGGUUUUUGUGAAAAAGGAGGAAAUCUUGUGGACCGGAAUCGAGCGGCGAUUGGUUUACUGUAUUAGCCGGCAUGGGGAAGUUAUGGAGUUAGUUGGCCUUUUGCGCAACAUUGUCGAGCCCAUUUUCUUGGGACUGGGAUUCUACAUUGUGACGACGAUUUCGACUCUUAUUUUCGUUAUGCUGAAGGACCGCGUAUUCAAUUAUUUGGGACUCAUUCACGUGGUGGUUACCAUCAUCGAGUUUUACUAUUACGCCCAUCUAGUGGAUGACUUGGAUGAGAAGAAUCACCUCAUUGCCAACGCCCUCUACCAGCAGGACUGGCCCGGACAGAUGAAGUACCGCAGUCCUAUCGAGAAGCACUACCGAAGCGUGAAAACCAUGAUGCUGAUCGUGAUCAUGCACUCGCAGCGCCCGUUCCGAUUCACCUGCGGAGGACUGUACAAGAUGUCGGUUCCCGUUUUUACCACCAUGAUCGAGACACUCUACUUUGCGGUCACUUUUAUGAUGAGAACGAUUAAAAUUCAGCGCUAAGUAUGGCGACAUAGGGAAGCACUUAGAGAGUCAUGCCCAUUUUCGCUUGGUAGUUGAUUAUCACCUCUCUGCAGUUGGAGACCGCCAUACAGUGACUCAAUUUCAUAUUCGAACAUGGGCAUUCUUUACACAUGAGUUUGGUUCAAAAACUAUCAAGUGGUGUAUCAAACAUAAAUUAUUUUAUCAAAAAUGGAGAUCAUACACA